AUGGACCUCGAUGUUGAGCUUAAACGUGUAAAUAGGGUUCGAAUAAGCCUGGCAGAAAACCCGACUCUUGCUGCAUCGCAAGAGAGUACCCUUACAACCAUCAUCAACCUCAUUCAGGAGGAUCAUGUACAACGCGAGAAGCAUUCUGAAGCUGCACGGAGUAGACGCAAAUCAGCUCGUGCUUUAUUGUCAACCAUUCACAGAGAUCUCGGGAGCGUGAUUCUCUUUCUUUGCAGCACCGCAUUUUCCAUUUCAAAGCUCUACAAGAUCAAAAGUCACGCCACUCAAUUUAUUUCCAAAUUAAAGACCUGGAAUGAUGGUGUUGAAAUUACGGAUGGCAUCGUUAGCCUUGCUCGCAAAUACUUUACCACUUCUCUACUCGAGCGUCUAGUUUUGACCAUUCCUGCUGUUCUAGUCCCCGACGAUGCCCGUGCCACGCAGAUUAAACGAGGAGCUCAUUUCCCUAGUCAUACAACUAAGCGAUCCCGAACCGAUCCAAAUUCGCUCGAACACGUAGCUAUUCCAAGUUAUCAUGGCGUCAUAGAUCUCGCGAAGCACCAGCCAUUGAACAAAACACCGACCGAUGAUUAUAAUGAUGGCAGCCAUAGUGAGAACAGUGAUAGCACAGAGGGAAGCGAAGACGGUGACGAGAGCGACUCGGGAGAAGUACAGGCUGCGCAGUCUUUGGUAGAUAACCCCGAUGCAACAGUCGAGGAUGAUGGUAACAGCCCAACCUUUACAUACCAUUAA